AUGUUCCGGCUGGAACGCUACGGACACUACUGCGGGGGUGCACUGAUUGACCCUCACUGGGUACUCACUGCUGCACAUUGCUUCUACGAUUUCCCUCAAGUUUGGAGGUGGCAAGUCAUUGUUGGAAAACAUUUAAAGAAUUCGUACGAAAACGUUCAACAGACGCUUCAUAUCCAAAAAAUCAUCCCUCAUCCAGAUUACGACUACGACGCCAACUUCAACGAUAUUGCUCUAGUUCAACUGGGGUCACCAGCUGUUCUUAAAGCAGAGGUGACACCCGUGUGUCUCCCACGGACGUAUUUUUCACCUGGAACCAUCUGCUACAUCACAGGGUUUGGGGAUACUAAAGGCACCGGAGGGGAAGACUCUCUGAAGCAAGCCGCAGUGCCGAUAGUACCACCCGAAGUAUGUAACGGCACAAAUAUAUACGAUGGCGCGGUGCAGGACACUGCUUUCUGUGCGGGUUUUGUGGCGGGUGGGGCAGAUGCUUGCCAGGGUGAUAGUGGUGGACCUUUAGUUUGUACAGGAGAUUCAGGUCUAAAAUUCUUCCUCUAUGGCAUAACAUCUUGGGGUGCUUCGUGCGGCGGUGCGAACCAACCUGGUGUCUACACCAAUGUAUUUGAUUACCUUGACUGGGUUAAAAACACCACAAAGUUAAGUACAGCACUUCAGAGUCAAGCCAGUCCUUUAGUGGGAUAACCGCAGAUGUUCUAAAGCGUCAAAAAGUCGAGGCUAUCGUAUAUAUAUAU